CAGGACACCCCAGAAACCACUGGUCAAGCUCACGAGCAAGUCUUAAGCAUAGGUGCCUCUGACCUGGACAGUACAGAUAUGGAGAACAAUGACACAUCAAAUAUGGAUAUUUCAAAGGCUCCUCUUACUGACGAAUUGGACUCCCUAGGUGCUACCUCCCAAAGUGAGGAUGUUGGCAACCCUGUCGUAUCUGUUCAGGACUCUGAUGCAAGGGAUGGUGAUGGAAACAACAGUCUCGUAGAUGAUUCUGUGGGGAAAUCUCAACAAGACGAUGUUAUGAAUACUGAGAUGCAUACAUCUGUAGUUUCUGAAACCAGCAUCUGCUCACUUAAUCAGUUGUUAUUACAGAUGCCUUCAAGUACUGAGGACAGCAGAAACAGUGUUUCCAGUGUCAGGCUAGAGGAAGUUCAAGCAAUACAGGACAAAGAUAUUAAUGAAGAUGAGGUUUUGACUUCAGAGGAAACAUCCAGUGUGAAAGAGGGACCUGUUGGCAUAGAAAAGUCUGAGAACAGUGGUGGAGCAGAGGAUGAGGAUGAGAAUGCACUGACUACUACACAAGCACCAAACAACAUGAGUGAAGGAGCUCAAGUUAUACAAAUUGAGAUCAACAAGUCAAGUCAAGGAUCCAGGUCACCAAACAGGAGAAGAAAGAUGGGCUCCACUCGCAGGAAUCUCAGAACAAGACCUAAAGAGGAAGGAUUAGAAAGAAAGCAGGAUGUAGACAGUGACGUGCCAGGGACUGCAGAGAAUGUAGGAGAUGCCAUCACAGCCGAAAGUAUAACAAGCAUUGAGCACAAAGAUGAUGAAACAAUGGAAGGUAAAUUGGACACAGAUGCUGACAAGAGAAGUCAGGUGACAUUUGAAGCUGAGAAGGAAAGUAAUACUGCUGAAACAGACAUGACCCAUACAUAUUGUAUUUCAACCCAAUCACUUAAUCAGAAAAAAAACAAUACUGGCAAUAUGGAUAUUAUGAAGGAGUUAUCAGUAGAGGCACCUGCAGAGUUAUUGCAAGCUGAAAAAGUACAAACAUCACUGAUUACUAUGUAUGAACCCAAUAAUGAAGUCAAAGAGGAAAAAGAACACCAGGACACCCCAGAAACCACUGGUCAAGCCCACGAGCAAGUCUUAAGCAUAGGUGCCUACAAGAUUGACACAACCACUGUAGUUUCUGAAACCAGCAGCUGCUCACUUAAUCAGUUGUUAUUACAGAUGCCUCCGAAUAUUGAAGACUGCAGAGACAGUGAUCCCAAUGUCAGAUCGGAGGAGGUGCAAGUAAUACAGGACAAAGAUAUUGAGAAAGAUAAGGUUUUGAAAUCAGAGGAGACAUCCAGUGUGAAUGGGGCACAUGUUGAAAUAGUGAAGUCUGAGAAUAGUGGUGGAGCAAAGGAUGACGAUGAGAAUGCACUGACUGCUGUACAAGCACCAAACAACAUGAGUGAAGGAGUGCAAGUUAUAAAAAUUGAGCUCAACAAGUCAAGUCAAGAAUCCAGGUCGCCAAGCAGGAGAAGAAAGAUGGGCUCCACUCGUAGGAAUCUCAGAACAAGUCCUAAAGAAGACAAAUUACAAAGGAACGCGGAGGUGGAAAAUGAGGCGCCAGAGAAUCUAGAGGAUGCCACCACAGUUGAAAGUGUAAUGAGCAUUCAGACAAAAGAACUAAAACUUCAAAUGGAAGACAAAGAUGAUGAGUCUAAUCUUCAACUCCUAACCCCCCAGUCACUUUUGGGAAUUGAAGAUAGGCCUCUAAUAGAAACAGAGCAUCUCCAUUCAACAUCAGCAACAUUUCCUGAACAAAGACUAUCAGAAUCAAAAACUGAAGGAAGGAGAAGAAAAAUGGGGUCUAACCGCAAGUCAAAAGGACACCAACACAAUAAAGACCCAGCAGAGAGCGAGGAUAAGACAACAGAUGAAGAGCAUGGAAGAAAUCACCAAAGUGACACAGAGGAAAGAGCCGUCAGGACCUCUGAAGACCACAGAGCAGAAUCAGAGGUUGUCAGUACAUUUGGUAGAAGUGACAAGACACCAUCAUCCAGUGACAGAAUCUUUGACACUGGAGAUCCCUCUAAGCCUGUUAACAGUCUGAGUCGGAAAGUAUCUGAAAGAGUGACUCCAAUUCAACACCCAGGCCCUCAAGACCACUUGGGUCAAAAAACAGAAAGGAAACAUUCUUUGGUUGUUUCCAAAGAAUCUGGCCUCACACCACAUUAUAAUGUGGUGCUGGUUGGAAACAGCAAUGUGGGCAAGACCUCCUUCAUGAAACGGGUUCAAAGUGGGAAGUUUUGUUCAGAUUUCUACGCAUCUGUUGGUAUUGAUACAUGCAGGCAGCCUGUGAUGAUAGAUGGGAAAAAAGUGAUGCUACAGCUUUGGGAUACAGCAGGUCAGGAAAGGUUUCACAGCAUUACAAGACAGAUUUUCCACAAAGCCCAGGCGUUUCUCCUGAUGUAUGAUAUCACCUCCUUCCAGAGCUUCUCUGAUGUCCGCUACUGGAUCAGCUGUAUUCAGGAAGGUGCUGCAGAAAACGUGAUCAUUUUACUUCUUGGGAAUAAGAGCGAUUGUACAAAACGGCAGGUUGAUUCCUAUGAUAGCGAGGUCCUUGCUAAGGAUUACAGCUUUGAAUUCAUGGAAUGCAGCGCUGCCACAGGUGAAAAUGUGACUCGCUCUUUGGAAACUGUGGCCAGGAUGCUGUGUGAAAAAGCUGACACAAAAGAGGAAGGCUUGGUGUUACACAAAGAGCCUCAGCAGAAGAAAUCAUCAGGCUGUUGCUGAUCAGCUGUAUAUGUUUUUUUUUUUUUUUUUUUUUUUUUUUUUAUGUUUGGUGUAUGUUAUGUUAAGUGGUGUCCACACACAGUGGACAUGGUGGUUUGAUCCAUUUUUGUUUGUGGGUACACCGUGGGUUCACCCUCCAAGCACCCUUUGUGCUGUAAAUUUAUAAAUUUUUCAUUACAUAAAAAUUAUGCGCAAAAUUAAACACUGCCUCCAAACACAUGGGGAAAGUAGAAAAAUGAAAGCCACUUUUCCAGUCACUUCACCAACACUUGUUUAUUUUCCCAACAAAGCCUCACAAGUCAACAAUUGAUUUCGAGGGCAACAUUAGUGACUGCAGUUUCCUGUCACUUGACACAGCCAGACUUGAAAAAAUCGGGCUGACUAUGAUUGUGAGUGUGACUGCUAAAGGCAGUCAUACAGAAUAUGUAUAUCAAUUUUAAAACUGAGCCUUUUCAGAUAAGCUCAUGAGUUUAAAUGGAAAGAGGAAGCCACAAAAGGAGCAAUAUUUGAAUUAAAAAAAAAAAAAAUGCAAAGGGCAGCACAUUCCAAUAGGUAAUAUUUCGUAUAUGUUUACCAAAAUCAACAACUUUUCAUUAAUGUCAGAAUAACAAUCCCAACUCUGGCAGUUUUGAUGGCCUUCAUACAGAAUGAAACCUGUGAAAGGGAUUCUAGUAACAAGCAAAGUAGCAAUGAGCAGCGCACUGAACUGUUUGGGAUGUCUUGAGUUAGUCAUUGUCACUCAUCAAAGAAAAUAAGCUACCAUUUAUAUGUAAUUCUUUUUUACUAAUUUGACAAACCCAGUGAGGAAGCCUUGAAGCAACUAUUCAAAGUGAAUCUGGAUCAUUUUAGAAUAAUUUUAGUCUGCUGCCAGCCACAGUGACUGCUGUGCCUUAUCUGUAGGACGUACUCCACCUCAUAUAACCAUGUGCAAUGUGCUUUGCCUGCAGCAAAAAUAGCAACUGAGAAGGUUUAUGUGGUUAACAGUGUUUUGACAUGUAUUUAUAUACUAGUGUAUAUGUCUAGCAUUCUUUCUAAGUCAAUACAGCUUCGUGUUAGCAGAGAAACUGAGUUUUUAUAUGAAUUAUCAUUCUUGCUUCGUUUUAAUUUUGCUAAAUAUAAUCAUACCAUAUAUUUUGUCCUCUGCUGAAAUGA